CCAAGCAAAGGACGAACGCAACAGCCGCCAUAUCUGGCUCCAGGAAACUCGACCGACUAGAAGACAGAGUUAGCCAUCGAGGGCCCCUUGCCGCAGCUAAGACUCGACUGCUCACCUGUCGGACAUCUCGAGCGUCCUCUCGGGUGGCGCGGUCUGAAACGGCCUGGCUGCUUCAUCACCGGCAGACUUCGCCUCAUCUCAGGCCAGAGGCGAGGCAUACGGGUACUUUUUAUUAUCGUUUCCCGGCUCUCGGGGCGGCUCCCAAGAGUAUGGCAUUGAGUCGGGUAGAAGGGGAGGAUGCGCUCUACGUAGGCGGCCUCUGGGCUCUCCGGCGCUCCGACUCGCUCGCUGAGCGACACAUCACUCAUGUUCUGUCCAUGGUCGGAUUUGACCCGGGCACGUUUCGCAAUUUCAAGGACGAGCUGUGGUCAGACUAUGGCAAGCAAUUCAAACAUCUCACUGUUGACGUGACAGACGAGGACGACACGAACAUCCUCGUCGAGUUUCCCAAGAUAGUGCGCUUCAUUGACGAGGGCCUCCAUGGUGCCAGGGCUGACGCAACCCACGAUCAAGACGGAGGCGGGGUGUCGGGCGAGCAGCCCAUGGUUGAGACAAACUUGGAGACCACAAAGCAGGCGAUAGGGUGUGGCAAUGGCGCAGUGUUCGUGCACUGCGUAGCUGGCAAGUCCCGCUCAGUAUCUGCUGUCAUAGCAUACCUGCUCUGGAAGUAUCCAAAUCGCUUUGAUCCCAACAUCGUUCCACCAUCCGCCUACGACUUGUCUACCAAGAACCAAGGGCCUGCGAAAUCACUAUCAGAAUCACAAACAGCAUCGGGCCCGAAAAGGCCACGGAAAGAAACCGGUGAUGAUGCCGUCAUGGCCGCACUUGGUCUGAUCCGACGCACCCGACCCAUGGCCGAGCCUAACGAUGGCUUCAUGCAGCAGCUCGCACUCUGGUGGGAGAUGGGCUGCCCGGAAGAUGUCGAGUCGAACCAGGCUUACCAGCGCUGGGCAUUCAAGCGCGAGGUUGAGGAGUAUAUCGCCGUCGGACAGGCGCCGAGCCGGUUACGGUUCGAGGACGAGGCGGCACAGGCCCAGAAGACCCCAUUCGGUAGCAGCGAGGGAACGCCUGGGACAAACCUGCGAUGCAAAAAGUGCCGGCGAACUCUAGCCGCCACGCCAUUCAUCCAGAAGCACACGCCUGCGCCACCCAAGGCGCAGCCAGGCGCAUCGCCGUUGCCGCAGCAGCCAUGUCCACACUACUUCAUCGAGCCGUUGAGCUGGAUGCGCAGCGAGCUGGAGCGCGGCGAACUGAACGGGAGGCUGCUGUGUCCAAACGAGCGGUGCGGCGCCGCUGUCGGCCGAUACGACUGGAAGGGGAUACACUGUGCCUGCGGGGCUUGGGUGACGCCUGGCAUGUCGUUGCAGCGGGCGAGGGUCGACGAGGAGGCCAAAAGGACGACGGCGGGUGGACCUGCUGGUGCGGCGGCCGGGGCACAUCAGGGGGCGGCGAGGAGGGCGCAGCUUGGCAUCCGGAUGCCGCCCGGAGCCGUCAGCACACGCGGCGGCGGGAACUUAUAGAGCAUGGAAGCUGAAGACGACGCCUGCAGCGCCCACGCACACACUUGAUGCAGAGAGCUGUGGCCGGGUGACGACGUGCCGGCAAUGCUUUACGUGGUGUGUAACACCAGACGAUAUGCAUGCAUUACCCGCACAAUACGACGCGGGCCGAACGACAAGUCCUGCGGGAAUCUGCCGAUGUGGAUGAUGCAAUGGUUUCUUGGAAGGGCAGGCUGUGCCGCGUGCGACAGAGACGAGGGCUUGAUGGCUGCCCGCACCGGCUUGUGACACGACUUGCCUGCCAAUGGCUGCGCCACGAUGCCUUCAAGCAUGGCACGCUGCACUGCGCCGCCAGGCGUUGCGGCAGCCGGGAUAUCCUGAGAACCUAAAUACCUAGAGUCUGAUGUACCUAUACGAACAUGAAGAAUAGCCUAUGUCGGAGAUGUGCUGGACUAAUAUCCACGAGGCAGCCUAGUCUGGGGUUUGGGAGUGUGCAGACAUGUGU